CCAACUGCCAAGAUAUAUCUAUCUGCGUUAGAAAUACGAAACACAUAUAAGGGAAGGACCUCUCUAUCCAAUACAAAAAUAAUUAAAUAAAAAUGGCGGGUGGUGGAAAGGUCUCCUUCAAAGUCACUCUAACCUCCGAUCCAAAGCUCCCCUUCAAAGUGUUUAGCGUUCCGGAAGCAGCCCCUUUCACCGCCGUGCUGAAAUUCGCGGCCGAGGAAUUCAAAGUGCCUCCCCAAACCAGCGCCAUCAUCACGAACGAUGGUGUUGGAAUCAAUCCUCAGCAAAGUGCAGGGAAUGUAUUCCUCAAGCAUGGUUCUGAACUACGCCUGAUUCCUCGAGAUAGGGUUGGGGCUUUUGGAACAAUGGACGCAGCGUUACAAUCAAACUGAAGAGAUUGGUCUACUUCUUGGUGUCGAUCUUUUCUUUUUAUGAUAUGUACCUUAUUAUUAAGUUGGGAGGAUUUUCAAACUUCAUUUGAUCAGCAGCAGUUUAGUUGACCAUGUAAACUCUCCGAGUAAACGAGAUAACAGGUGACCGUAAUAGAUGCUCUUGAAUUAUAGUGAAAGAAUAAUUUUACAGUUCUCCAUUGGCAA